UAAGUCCACGAAGUUGUCCAUUGUUUCAUUUCACAGCAAAUCGCCGACGGCAAGCCGGGAAAGCUCUCCCGCCGGCGAAGUUCCGUAAACUACUCCGGUAGUCUCUUCUCUGCAUAGCUAUUCCCUCUACAAUGAGGUCCAAGGACAAAAUCUCCUACUUCUACGACGGUGAUGUUGGAAGCGUAUACUUUGGUCCGAAUCAUCCAAUGAAGCCGCACAGGUUGUGUAUGACUCAUCAUCUGGUUCUAGCAUAUGGACUUCACAGCAAGAUGGAAGUUUAUAGGCCUCACAAAGCAUAUCCAGUGGAGCUAGCGCAGUUUCAUUCUGCUGAUUAUGUAGAAUUCUUGAACAGAAUAACCCCAGAAACUCAGAACUUGUUCCCUAGUGAAAUGGCAAGAUAUAAUCUUGGAGAAGAUUGCCCUGUAUUUGACAACUUAUUCGAGUUUUGUCAAAUAUAUGCUGGUGGAACAAUAGAUGCUGCACGUAGAUUGAAUAAUAAGCUUUGUGAUAUUGCAAUAAAUUGGGCUGGUGGAUUGCAUCAUGCCAAGAAGUGUGCGGCUUCAGGAUUUUGCUAUAUCAAUGACCUAGUUCUGGGGAUAUUGGAGCUUCUAAAGUAUCAUCCGCGGGUGCUCUAUAUUGAUAUUGAUGUGCAUCACGGUGAUGGUGUAGAAGAGGCCUUUUAUUUUACUGACAGGGUUAUGACCGUUAGUUUCCACAAGUAUGGGGAUAAGUUCUUUCCUGGAACUGGUGAUAUGAAGGAUACAGGGGAAAGAGAUGGAAGAUUCUAUUCCAUAAAUGUGCCUCUCAAGGAUGGAAUAGAUGACGGCAGUUUCACUAGACUCUUCAAAACAAUUAUUUCAAAGGUUGUUGAAACAUAUUUACCUGGCGCAAUAGUUCUGCAAUGUGGGGCAGAUUCGCUUGCUGGAGACCGUCUGGGCUGCUUCAACCUCUCCAUUGAUGGACAUGCUGAAUGUGUAAGGUUUGUGAAGAAAUUUAAUUUGCCUCUGCUGGUAACUGGAGGUGGGGGAUACACAAAAGAGAAUGUCGCCCGUUGUUGGGCUCUGGAAACCGGAGUUCUUUUAGACACAGAGCUUCCUAAUGAAAUACCAGACAAUGAUUACAUCAAAUAUUUUGCCCCUGAUUAUUCACUGAAGCUUCCUGGUGGACACAUAGAGAACCUGAAUAGCAAAUCAUACAUUGGCACCAUAAAAAUGCAAGUGAUGGAAAAUCUCCGUUGCCUCCAGCAUGCUCCGAGCGUACAGAUGCAAGAGGUACCACCUGACUUUUUUAUUCCUGAUUUUGAUGAAGAUGAACAAAAUCCAGAUGAGCGUGUGAAUCAGCAUACCCAAGAUAAGCAUAUCCAACGUGACGAUGAGUAUUAUGAAGGCGACCAUGACAAUGAUAACCACACUGAUGAUGCCUAAAUGCGGUCAAUGUAGUUAGUUUUGUUGUAAAUGUAUAUUCUCUUGGCUACUAUAGAAAAUGCAAUGUACAACUAGUUUAUUGCAUUUAAAUUCACCCCGAGGUAAAAUACAUUGGAUGUGAUGGGAUUCUUACCGUAGAGUUGCAGCUUUAGUUUUGUUGGGUCUAGAUCGUCAAUGGAGGCAUAUGUUUUACCUCCAUUUUAAAGGCUGUCUUGAACUUAGGUAAACUGUGUUUGGGGUGGCAAGUUGUGAUCUGUGAAUAUAAACUACUUUUAUGGCUUCAUGGUCUGCAGUUUUUUCCA